AUGAGUUUACGUACGGCAGCAAGAAGAUACUUGCUGAGCUCAGUGAUAAGAGCCAAUAUACAAGAAAGUACCAUUACAACUGGAAGAUCAAAACCAUUAAAAUUCGGCAAUUUAAAGUCAAUCAAAUUAAGAGAACCAAUUGCACCAACCAGGAAAAACUUUGAUUUAUCAGGAGAUCAUCCAUUAUGGCAAUUUUUCGCUGAUGGGAAUGCCUCUGCCACAGCUGAUCGUGUUGAUACUGAAGUUAAUACCGAAUCAAGAGAAUGGACCUUUGCUGAGUUACGUCGAAAAUCAUUUGAUGAUUUACAUAAAUUAUGGUAUAUAAUAUUGAAAGAACGUAAUGUCUUAGCUAGAGAAGCUUAUGUUGCUGAAGGUCCAUUUGGAGGUCAAGGAACUACUGCUCAUGAUUUGGUUGAUGCUAAAUUGGUUUCAGUUCAAAAAAAGAUAAAACAAGUAUUAUUAGAAAGACAGGUUAGUUAUGAAAGAGCUCAAACUUUAGUGGAAAGACAACAACAAUAUCUUGAUGAUUUUGCUGAAAGAUAUAUAAAUUCCAGUAAUGAUGAUUUAUCAUUAUUUAAUGAAAAAUUAGUAAGAUUACAAUAUGCCUUUUAUGGUAUUCAUCCCCGUCUUGAAGAUUAUGAUUUAUCAAGUGAUAUUAAUGUCAAAUUCGUAGAAGGAUUAGAAUAUGUUUCAAAGGUUAAACUUGCAAGAUACUUCCAACAAAAUCCAUCCGAAAAGGAAUCAUUUGGUGAAUUGAAUGGAGUAAUGGAACAAUUACCAUUUUUAAUCAGAGAUGUUUCAGAAGCCAUUGAAGAAAUUAAACAAUUAAGAGAAGCAGGUGAAUCAGUUAAAUUAGAUAAGAUUGAUGUAUUACCAUUCCUUAGAAAGGCUCUUGCUUACGUUAUUGAAAAUGAACAAUCUUGA